AUGAUUAAUUAUGUGGCCUAUUCAGCCAAUCUUGAUGAUAAAACUAUGCAUGAAAUUUAUCUUUGGCCAUUUGCAUCGAGUGUUGCUGCUGGUGUUGGUUCGGUUAUGUGUUCAUAUAAUCGAGUCAAUGGUACACCAGCUUGUCAAAAUAAGAGAACUUUAAAUGAACUGUUGAAAGAAGAACUUGAAUUUCAGGGCAAUGUCAUGUCUGAUUGGGGUGCAACAAAAACUGGCAUUGAAUCGGUUUUAGGCGGCUUAGAUAUAGAUAUGCCUGGUAGUGAUGGACUGAUGGGUAUUGCACUUGUACCAGCUGUUCAAAAGGGAACUAUUCCAGAAGCCAGAAUCGAUGAUAUGAUUACUCGAUUAUUAGCACCUUAUUAUCUUCUUGGACAAGAUCAAGGAUAUCCGACGCUCGAUUUAGAUCGAGAUGCGAUUGGAGAUCAUUACAAGAUUAAUCGUCAAAUUGGUAUGGCAGGUAUUAUUUUACUGAAAAAUAUCAAUAAUGUUUUGCCAUUUAAUGUAACUACAAAUUAUUCCUUUCUUGUUUAUGGCGAAGCUGCAAGUCGAUCUAAACACGGUUUCGGAGACAGCGGUUUUUUACAGCUUGGAGGAGCAUUAUAUCAAGGUGGAGGUUCUGGCUAUGUUGAAUCAACAUACGCUGUAGAUCCUCUCACUUCACUUUUAUCCAAAGCUCGGAAGUCUCAUCUGCAAAUUCGAUAUAUCACGAACCAGUUGGAUAUUAAUGUUAUUAAUGCCUCGUUCAAAUCUCAUGGCUUCACUAAUGCUAAAUGUCUUGUUUUCAUUAGUGCUUUCUCUUCCGAAGGGUUCGAUAGAUUAGAUCUUCAUGCUGCAGAUAAUGGUGAUUUACUUGUUAGCAUUGUUGCUGCAGGAUGUGCUCAAACUAUUGUCAUUGUCAAUAGUGUUUCACAACUUAAUCUUGAAGCAUGGAUUGAUCAUCCUCAUGUCGUGGGUGUCGUUUGGUCAGGUUUGCCUGGAUCAGAAUAUGGACCAGCUCUUAUUGAUGUACUCUUUGGUGAUUACAAUCCAGGAGGCAAACUUGUUUUUACUUUGGCUAAACACGAAUCUGAUUAUGGCACUGAUAUUAGUCUAACUGAGAAUUCGAAUUAUAAGGAAGGUGUUUUCUUAGAUUAUCGUCACUUUGAUAAAUAUCACAUCACACCGCGAUAUCAUUUCGGAUAUGGUCUUUCAUAUACAACAUUCUCUUUCUCUCAGUUGAAUAUUUUAAAAGCUGAAGAAGGUCAGCAUACUGCUUCAUCACAAUAUCGACAACGCCGAACAAGAUCCUAUGUUAACAUUGGUAUUUCAAGAUUUUAUGAGCCUGUCUAUGAAAUCACAUUUGUAAUUACCAAUGUUGGUAAAGUCUAUGGUUCAGAAGUACCUCAACUAUAUCUUGGAUUUCCUGCUGAAGCCGAAGAACCACCAAAAGUAUUACGAGGUUUCGAAAGAGUAUACUUAGCAGUAGGUGAAUCGAAGCAAGUAUCAUUAAUAUUAACACAAAAGGACAUUUCUUAUUGGAAUGUUGUAAAUCAACGAUGGGCUAUUGCUCGUGGUACUUAUACAGUAUGGAUUUCGACAUCUGCUAAUAAUGCUGAUGCUAAACUUCAAAGUUCAUUUGAUGUCUAA